AUGGCGCCGCCGCGAGUCGAGCUCGUGAGCCCCUACGUGCUGCUGACCGUGGGGCAGAAACAUCGUCUCACAUGCCCCAUCCGAGGGUCACCCUCCCCCAUCUAUGAGUGGUUCAAGGACGGAGAAGACAUCGCGUACUGGCACCGGUACGUGGACCGGGGCAACCACCUGAAGCUCAAGGAGGUCGACCUGCAGGACGAGGGCACGUACACCUGUAAGGCUGUCAACGGCUUCGGCCAGGAGAACUUCACCUUCCAUGUCAUCGUCGUUGAAGAAGACCUACCCACGGGUCAUCAGCUAGUCCCUCCCACCCUGACCGAAGUGUCCCCAUCGAGCCCCAUCGUGGUUGAGCCUGGGGAGGAAGUCAACCUCAAGUGUUACGCUCAGGGAUACCCUGACCCACAAAUACACUGGAUCAAGGAAGGCAUCUCCCUGGCGCACCGCGGCACCAGCCUGGCAGUGCAGAGCAGCAGCAGAGGUGUGUCGGAGCACUACUCCUGCACCGCUAAGAACGUCGUGGGUGUCGCUACGGCCAACUUUACCCUCAUCGUCGUCGGUGCCGUUCAACCAAUUCAGUCCCACAAUGCACCACCCUCACCACCACCACCACUAUCACCACGCGGCGCACCACCUCCACCACGCGGUGCACCACAGCCACCAGAGGACCUGGUGGUGCUCGGUGCGUUCAACACCACAGUCAAGCUCGGGGGCAACACGACACUGCAAUGUACCGUCACCGCUGACCUCACACCCAAAAUAUCGUGGUUGAAAGAAAUCCCACCUUCCCCAUCACAUAAGAACAACAGAACCAUGAACCUGGAAAACAGGCUCUUCUUGAUCAUCAAGUCAACGGUGUCACCUGCGAUACAGCCCUCAUCGGACGCCACGAAAACCUAUUUGUUCAAUUUAGAAAUCGAGAACGCACAGUUGGAAGAUCAAGGCCUCUAUGGGUGCCUUGGUGCAAACGCUCUGGGCUACUCAUACAGAGAAGCGUAUCUCCGAGUAAUAAGUGAGCGCCCACCGCCCGUAUGGGACGAAGAACUCGUCACAGAAUCCCAGCCCACGAAAUUGACAUUCACCUUCAUCAUGUCAGCUGGGGUGUCUGUCAUAGUACUCACUGUCAUCGUCGUCGUGUGCAAGGUUCACUGUAAGUCGAGAUCAAAAUCUGCUACCACCACCACCACCAAACUGGCGUCCCCGUCGCCUCUCAUGAACAAGUACGACGAUCCUGCAAGCUUCGUUCCCCUGAAUCCUGAGAAGAAAAGCUUGCCAGGCUUGCAACAAGCAAUUACCAACAAAAUCAAUCCAAAACACGACACAAUGAGCUCUGACUCAACUCUGCCUCUACCUCCUCCGGUUCUGCACACCGAAGCUAGUUUUCAGCACGAGAGUCUGGUGUAUCCCCCUGGGAGGAGUCGACCACUGCCCCACGGUCCCCGCUUCACUGACCACUACGUGUACCCCUCUGAGAACAGCUAUAUGGACCCUGGUUAUUGUGACCCCUACAUGGAGAAGAUCGGUCAUGAAUGUGAAUCUCAGAGUAGUUUAGAUGUGUACUCGGAUGCAUUGCACAUCCCCCACCCUAACACACCAAACCCACUAUUGCCUCCCCAAAAUCAUCACUCCUAUCACAGCGAUGUUGGACCUCAUUCCUCACCUUCCACGAUUCAUACUCCGUUGCCGAACACUCCACAAUUGACACGGUAUCCCGCUGGUCAUCCCAGGGUAGCCAACAAGAGUAACGAUUCAGGGUUCAACGAAACUAGAAGUAACAGCAAAAGGUCUGACAGUAGAACUACUACAGUUACGAGCAAUGCUAACAGUUUACUGAGAGAAGGAGGAGGUCGAGUUCCAAGUGAACAGUACUACAACUCGGUGAGUAGCAGCUACGGAGGUGAGGGUGUGGGAAACUACAGUAGUCCAGUUCAACAUGCAUAUAAUAGUUUUCCUGUAAACAAUUACCACAGAAAUAAUCCUAACUCUAGUUUCAACAAUAUAACACAGUCAUCUGAACACAGCUACGCCCAGCUGACCCCCAGGAGUUCCUCGCCAGCAACACAAUUCGGUAGAAGUUUCCCGAUGACGUCAGACGGACAAUCGCAAUUUGUGGUGCAUUGUAACUUGUAAUCAAGUCUGACCAAAUGAGCACACUUCGCAUAUAAAUAAAUAAAUCUCAAUUGAUUCCUCUUAAACAACAGAAGGAACAAUUUGAGAAAAUGAAUAAAUUUCAUUUUCAGUCAACUGGAAGUGGGCUAUUUUGCGAGCAUUAGCGAUGACCUCAGAAAUGACGGUUUUUGAACACAAAUCGCUUACGGAGAAAUAUUAGUAAGAGAACAGAUCUGAAAUAAAUAGAUAUGAAUGCAAUUUUGUAUGCAUUUUUUUCGCGAUAUAGACUAUUUUUGUCUGCAAAUAUAUAGGUAUAUACUCGAUGCAACGGCUAUGAUUUUUUCUAAGGUUCCCACUUGAUUAGACGUUCAACUUGCGACAGUGGAUAUAAUUACUCUCGCACUUUGCCUAGCUUAUGGAUGAAAAUAGGAAAAUCAAAACUUCAUGCUUGUAUGAUCAUUUCAUCGCAUCUUAACUGAUAAUGCCAUCACUAAUUUAUCAUGCUUAACUUAAGGCAAUUUUGUGAAAUCUGGAGUAAGAUUCAAUUACGGUACCUUCGUCGCAGAAAAAAACAAUUUAAGUUUCUAUGUUAUUCAAAUAGUAAUAGUCGUGCGAGAUGAUAGAUGUGAAGUUAAUGGAAGCCCAUCAUCAUUCAAAUAUUGAAUACAUUUUAAUUUAAAUUCCGUUACUUGAAUACGUGUCAAGUAGGUGAACGACCAUUAGUAUUUACUAAAAAUAUUGAUAAAUGUUUUUGCCUCUCCUCGUACGAUUCGGAUAGGUGAUCUACCUUCACAUUUACUGAGCUAUCAUUAUUAAUUUGUAAAGUCCAGUUUUUAAUGAGUUCAUCUUCAUAUGAUCUUUCUAACUGAUAUGCGAUUGUACUGUUGAGGCAUUCUAGGAAGUGAUUUCGUAUUUCCGUAAUAGUUAACUUUUCAAAUAUGAGGGAACAUUUCCCGAACAUCUUUUCAAAGUGAGUGUAACCAGUGCAAGAUGGAAAGUGUGUAUUGGAUCAACGGUACUGUAUAACUUUUCAUAUCGGUCUUCAAGGAAGUUGAUUUUGAACUUUAGAACGGUUUUGUAACCAAACAAUACACCACCAAGUGAUCCUUCACGUCUCGUCCAUUCAACUGUCUCGACCGUCCUUUUCGAUGCAUUUCCAUACUGGACUCAGAACCCAAACGGUCGUUUUUUCUAUACUAAAGUUAGAGAAGCAUGCAUGAAACAGUGUCGUGCAUAGCGACCAUCUUCUUGCCUACUUGAGAUAGAGCAGUAAUAUUUUUCUACUCGUUCGUACUUUGAAGCUAGACAGUCGAGUAGCGGACGUAACAAAAAUGAACAAUUUCUGAGAUGAAAUUGACUUCCCUAUUGCUUUCACAUUCCCUAUUCCUUGCAUCGAUCUUAUCUUCUUUAUAAUGUCACAUUUCCGAAAUAUUUAUUAUCAAUUAUGCAUUAAUCUGUUGUAAACAAUAAUACCUCAUUUUCUAGUCCUUACAUUGCACAUGAAAAAUGUUGUAACUCAUUAGAUUGAAUUGGUCUCGCAUGGUGUUCGUUGUAUCCAUAUUUAUGAUAAUUAAUUGUCUCGAUGGAUCAAUUAUUUUAAAUGUCUAGUAAUCGCUCAUUGUUAAACAAAACUAAUGUUUUUAGCGAGAUAAUUUAGUAAUCUUGCUAGGUUGGUUAGUGAUGUACAAGUACAACUGUGUGCUGAUCUCGGCAGUUCUGAGCCAAAGUCUCUUGCUGUUCCCACCCCUGAACGUUGCGGUGAACAGAAUCACAAUGUAACCUGGGCACGUGUAAUUUACCCCUAGCAACGAAUUGUGAAAAUUUCCGACGUAAAACAUUAGCGUUACAUGUAGCGGAACUUCUUGGCAGAUGAAGCAGAGGAAUUGAUUUAAAUUCAACUAAUGCUUUAUUUCACUCUAGCGCCUCUGCACUUAUUUUGUCAUUUGAAUAUCUUAAUAUUAUCUGAAGUACCGUUGCUAGAACGCCAAGCCUCCAACUGAAACUAGUCAUCGUUUAUGAUGAAUUAUUUUAUUGGCCGCUAGUGUGACCAUAUCGGACUUGGGUUUCACGAUGCCGGUUACGACACACGAUGUCAAAAACGUGUUCGCCGUCGUACCUGCAGAUCUCAUUAAUCCCAAUCACCCAGAGAUCGCGGAAUAACGUUUUACAAUAAAAAAAACUAUAAAUUUGUCAGACCCCUUCCUCAAAUGAAGUUUAAACUGAGUUUCACUCCUGGUGUCGUUCUUAAAAGAUUUUAGCCAAGUCAAUUGAUUUUAAAUUAUUUUCCUAUUUGUUAAAGAUGUAUAAACAUAUCGCUUACGCAUUUAGCGAUCAUUGUUCAAGCGCUUUGAUGAAGCACGUAGGCGCCAGAGAUUGUGUAGCGCGUUGUUCGCAUGAGGUGAUGAGGGUCAAUGCGAUGACGACAUGAUCGCGUUUUGUUGGAUCCAUGCCAUAUAUUCCUUUGUCAUAAUCAUUGUAAUUAAUGAGAAACAAUGCUAGCAGUGAAAAAUAUUGCUGAUGUCCUAGACGUCAUUGGUUCGAGACGGUCAACGCAACGUUCAGGCCAGGAAGAUUGCUAUGGCUCACCGAGCAUCAUCCCUUAAACUGAACCUGCCAAUAACUUACGAUGUCAUCGACAAACUUCCCCUGUACUGGUAGCAUAAUUUUAUGUCAUUUCAGGGAGCAUUUGUGGUCGAAAGCACCCGUCAUCUAACGUGUAAAUUGUGGAUAGUUGUUUCCAAGUGUUUUUCAUGGUGUCAGAAGAAGCAUCUACUUUUCAUGUUUUAAAAAAUUUACGAAUAUAAAUAGAAUUUUUUUGACACUUCAUUCAUAUAUUUUCCCAAAUUAGAUAAUACAGUAGUGAUGUAUAAUGGUUGAAAUAGGGAACUGAAAUAUAUUGUGAACCUUUUUUAUGCAAUAAUUUGAUUCUUGAAUAUUCCAACCGUAAGCCAAAACGGUCGCAAAAGUAAAUACUUGAUUAAUUGAUUGUUUCAUGUUUACUUUUAGAAUUAGUGGAUGAAGUUUAAUGCAAAUCUAUAGUAAGAUCAGAACAGAAUAAAAUAAUUCCCUACCUCUCCAAAGCUUCGAGUAACGACGAAAUUAAGUAACCAUAAAAUUCAAGGAAAAUGUCCGUUUGUACUUUCGACAUUUUCCCACAACACUUUUCUAUUACGCGAAUUGGCAUGAUAUCGUUCAAAUAUCUCCCUCAGAGCAAAUAACAUCGAAGCAUCGUUUAAUCAAGUAAAUUCGACGUUUAAACUCUUAAUCAAUAUUGAUUUAACGUCAGAUGCCUGGUGGGCUUUGACAAAGAAAACUUCGUUCAAAAUUAUCAUAAAAUGGAUAGAUGACAAUUAUAAAAUCAAAUUUAUUAAUGAUAUUACAAAUGCAAUUUUUUAUCAGAAUCCAUGCUAAUUUUUCUCUUAGUCAACGUCGUAAAUCUGUUCACAAAUCUUGGCAAGUAAAAUCAGAAAAUUCUGCGUAGUGCAGAGGCUCUUCCCGGCAUGGUUACCCAAAUGCUGUAGACGGCAUCAGAUCAUUAUCAGUUCUGAAUAUUCAGCUAUAAUUAUUCAAUUUGAUGCACGAGCGCCCUAAACCAUCAGAACCCUUCAUUUUUUUUGUUACUUCGCAAAUGCAAUAGGAUUUAUAUAAUAGAGUAUAUGCAUCCUAUUUGUUUUACUAAUAUUUUUAUGCAACACAUUUAACCUUAAACUAUGCAUAUUAAACCUUAAUGUGUAACAGAGAUUUAAAUAUUAACGUCAUUAUUUUAGAAAAAUAAUAACGUGCAUUUGACUAAUUUAUUAUUUUUAUGAUAAUUUAUGUUCGAUUUUCAUUGUAACUUGAAUGUGUUGAGUACGGUAAUUCACAGAAAUUAAUCAUUGCUUCAGGCACUUGGUAAGGCAAAAAUUUUAAUCAAUAAACCUUGUUUUUUCAAUAAAAGGGAAUGUUGGCAUACCCCAAUCGAUUGAAUAAUUAAGUAGUAACUAAGUUUUUAAACAAGAAGCUUCAAUGAUGAUAGCAAGUUACAAGAAAGUUUCCUAAUUACGGGUUCCAAUCAACGUUCCGCAUUAUUCAUUUAGUUCUUCAAUCGCGUAAAUGUAUUCAUAUAAAUGAACCCUGCUGUUUUUCCUCUGUAACAUAGACCCCACUGUUUAAUGUUUGCAUUAAGAGUAAUUGUUUAUAUUCGUGGCAUUUGUUCGUAUACUAAUUGAUGUGCAUCCACAUGAAAUGUCAAACUUAAUAAAACGUAUUUUUGUA